AAGAGGGAGUAGAAAUAUCUUAUGUAUAUCCACUUAUAUCAUUUACAAUUCUUUUCACGAGAAUGCAGUUGUGCACUGAUUACAGCAAACAUAAGACACGCGACAAAAGAUAUAUUAGUUGAUAAUUAAAAAAAUAAAUCAAAUUAAAAAUUAAAAGAAAAACACAAAUAUGACUGUUGAUAAGUUAUCAUUGUUAUUAUUAUUGAUAACGAUAAAUCAAGUGAAUUUAGUGAUUAGUCAGCAAGGACGAUUGGGAAUAGUGUAUCAGUGGAAAUAUGUAGAUUGGGUUUGGCCAAAUGUAUUGUUGACUGAAAAAAAUCAUAUUAUUGAAAAUCCAUUUACGCAAGAUGUUGAUGUUGAUCUGAGUGGGCGAGUGUUUGUUACUACUCCGCAGUGGUUAGAAGGGACACCAAUAACGUUGUCCGUUGUUACGGAUUUAAAGGGUCCUGGCGGUCCUUUGUUGACCCCUUAUCCACAUUGGUCAUGGCACACGCUUACAGACUGCGAUAAGCUUAUUUCUGUUUAUCGUAUUGCGAUCGAUGAGUGCAAUAGACUGUGGAUCGUAGAUGUGGGCCGUAUUUCCGAUAAAAGAAUUUGUCCGAUGAAAAUAAUGAUAUUUGAUUUAUUUACGGAUCGGUUGAUUCACAAAUAUAUUAUUCCAAGUAGUCAAACAUUUGGCAUGGCUUCAUUGGUAACACCAAUUGUUGAUAUCAGCUCAUCGUGUAGUGACGCUCAUCUCUAUAUUGGCGAUGUUGCUGAAAAUGGUAUAGUUGUUUAUAAUUUACAACACGAUAUAUCAUGGAGAAUAAAUAAUACAUAUGGGAAUGCAUUUGGUCCUGAUGCGGAUGCUAUGAAUAUUACCAUUGUUGGUGAAUGGUUUGAUCUUACUGAUGGUAUUUUAGGAAUGUCAUUAUCGCCACCUGGAUUUUUUAAGCAAAGAUAUUUAUACUUCAAUGCAUUAUCGAGUUACAAACAAAAAUUCAUGAGUACAGACAGUUUAAAAAUGCCAGGAUAUUAUCAGCCAUUAAUGUACGAAUCAAUUAUCAAGCGGCCAAGUCAAGCUGGAGUACAAGCCACAUCUAAAGAAGGUGUACUAUUUUUCCAACUUGUUGAAUACACAGCCGUAGCCUGUUGGAAUAUCGAACGGCCAUUUACUACAGAUAACAUUGAAAUAAUAUCACUUGACGAAGAAGCGCUGCAAUAUGUCAGUGGUAUUAAGGUUACAACGAAUGCUGAAGGUGUUGAAGAAUUAUGGUUGAAUACUAACAGACUGCAGAAAACCAUAAAUAAGACACGAAAACCCACGGAAGUUAAUUUCCGAGUUAUCGUCGGUAUUGUUAAAGAUAUAAUUAGAGGUACUAAAUGUGAACCCACUGGCUUACGUAAUCAGUACCCAGAUGUUUCAACUUGGCGAAGAAUAUACUGAAAAUUUUUAAAUAUUAUAAUACUCUAUACUAUUUAAGAACAUUAGGAAA